AUGUUCAAAACGUCUUUGUGCACUUUCACACUUUUGUGCCUCCCUCUCGUUGGUGCCCAAUAUGGAGGAGGAGAUUCUACUACAACCUCUGCAAGCUCCACUGCAAGCUCCACUGCAAGCUCAACAACGAGUGGUUCAGCUUCAAGUGCCACUCAAUCGGUUGAUGUUGGCGAAAGCGGCUUUGUUUUUAAGCCCGACACUAUCAACGUCCCUUCGGGAGGCGUAGUCGAGUUCCAUUUCUAUGCUGGCGAUCACUCGGUCGUCCAAGCCGCUUUUAACAACCCAUGCCAUCCCAUGAGCGAUACUAGCUUCUUUAGUGGAUUUAUGCCAUCUGGUAAUAAUGGAAAUCCUGUCUGGUCCUUGACCGUGAACGAUACAAAUCCGAUCUGGUUCUACUGCGGCCAAGUUGGACAUUGUCAAGCUGGCAUGGUCGGUGUGAUAAACCCAUCUGGCUCAGAUACGCUUGAUGCAUUCAAAUCGGCAGCUUCGACUGCAAGUGGUCAGAGUGUGCCAGCCACGGCCCAAGGUGGCAUCCUCGGUACACCAAGUGCUAGCCAGUCAACUGCGGCCAGCAGCAGUAACACCGCCACAAGCAGUUCAGCCGCUAGCAGUAGUUCGGCUGCUAGCAGUAGUUCGGCUGCUUCCAGCAGUACGUCUACUGCCAGCGGGACACAGACCAGCGCCGGUGGUUCUAGCCCUAGUGCCACGAAUAUGGCAGACAAUUUCCAUGUUUCAACUAGUCUCAGUGUCAUGUCCGUUAUCGCUUUCACAAUGGCUAUGUUCCUGAUGUAG